AUGAGGCUGCAGAAUAUGCGUACAGUGUUUGAGAGAAAAACGCUCUUCGACUUGCCGCUGGCGAUGGAUAGAACAUCUUCAAGACCUCGUCAUCAUCAUCAUCAUCAUCCGUGUUCGGCUCUUAUGACGUUUCCUCUUGAUGAAAACCACCUGCUCGUCACGUGUGACUCCGAGAAGAGUCCCAGGGACGGCGCCUCCACUGUGUUUGUGGUGCAUCUACGUGACAACGGCCCGCCCACCUCUACCCGCUGCCGUCUGCCCAUUGCUGCGAUUUCAGGCUGUGUGCGCGACCAUAGCGUGAGCGCACGCAAGGUGGCAGCACGCACCACAGCAGCAGGAGGGCAACGCCCCGCUGGGCAGAUGUCGCUCACGAAAGAGAAGGAUGGGGAAGACAGCAGCGUCCACACGAUUGUGGUGACAAACUCCGUCGCCCAUUCCCGCUCCUCUUCGAAGAACACAUCUGCACUUGGUCUCUCCUCCAGGCCCAAGUCAGAGGGCGAAGAGAGUGCGAAACCGGAGGAAAAUACCCUGCAAGUCGAGCAGCCGAUUAAAAUCGUCCCAGGUUCCUCGGUCAAGACGCAUUCGUUUCUUGUCGCCGAUGCCNCGUUGCAUGCUAUUUGGGCAAUGGAGGUAGACACGGAGUCAUUGGAGGCUCGGGUGGUUUCGUCGCACGGCUACCGCGGAAAACAAUUGGAGGACGAGGAUGCGAUUGCCCAGACACAGCGACAGCGGAUCAAUCAUGCGGCAAACCCGAGGCCACUGCUCGGUGGAAUUGCUGGAUUCGUUGAUGGGCCGUUUCAUGCAGCCCGCUUCGCUUCGCCAUCUGCGCUGUGUUGGCGCAUCGAUGCCGGCGUUAACAUGGACAGCGGUCAGCAAGACGAAAGGGCCGCAACUUCCCGCUGCGACGUUUUAUUUGUUAGCGACAUCGGGAACCACGCGAUUCGGUACGUGAACUUCCGCAGCAGACUCGUGCGCACCGUUUCAGGGCUUGACGGUGUGCCCGGUUAUCGCGACGGUGCCUUUCGCGCGUCGCGCCUGCAGGAGGCAGCGGCGUUGGCAUGGUGCUCCGCUGGCUUGCUAUUCGUUGACGGGCCCAACGGCGCCCUGCGGCUCAUUACAGGCCUCGAGAAGGCCAAGACAGCCGAAGCAAACAAGGAGAGAGUGAGGGAGGCGGAAUCGGAAGCGGAAGCGGUGGCACCGCCCAGUUCCUGCAUUUUCUCACCUUCAGUGGAAAAGUCAGUCGAAGAGGCCGUGGAAGAAGGAAGAGACGAAGAAGGAAGAGACGAAGGCGAAAAAGAAAAGGGCUGCAGAGAAACUACUGCACGUCGUGCUCCACGCGUGUGGACCAUCGCCGGUGGGCUGCAUGGCGGCGCGGGGCCGUACAUUGACGCCGAAGACGUGCGGCAGGCCUCGCUGGGUGUGCCGAGUGCUCUAGCGGUUCUUCCUGGCGGCGGCGGUGUUGUGUUUGUUGACAGUCAACACGCGGCGUUGCGUGUACUGUCACGGCAUGGCGUGGAAACGCUUGUUGAACCGUGCAGCUCUGUAGACAGCUCGGCGACUUCGGCUGGUCUGGUUGGCUGCACGCACAUGGCGGUAUGUCAUGUGUAUACACCUGGUGCUGUGCCGCGUGUCGCGUUUCUCGUGAGUAGUGGGUUGCGUCAGUCUGUCUCGCUGCUGCUGCUGCUGCAGUGUAGCGACGGUGAGGGUGAAGGCAGUGACGGGCGCUUGGAGUUGGAUUCUUCCGGCAAGGUGUCGAUUGCAGCAGCACCCGCAACAGCGGAAUGUGUACAGCUAGAGAACGGCAUCUUGCACAAAUAUACACGCCUUGACGGACGUGCGGCUGCUCACGACGCAACCACUGCGCCUGUCAAUGUCUCGCGUUGCCACAAAAGGCCCAAUGCUCAGAAAGGAAGCAGAGGCAGUGGUGGUGGUGGUGGUCGGCGUUCCGCGGGUCAUGUGGCUAUUGGCUCAGUGACGACUGCUCCAACGCGUGGCCGUCUGUCGUUGCGGCGUACCGUCUUGACGGGUGCGACAAUGAGCCAACGGCUGAAAGAUGCGGUUCGGCGGCUCUUUGGGGUGUACGCGCACUACGCCAGCAGGAGCGCUGCACCGCAUCUCUUGUCCAAUCUGUGGACUUCGGCAACGGGUAGCUUGACAGGUGCGUUGGAUGCGGCGUACUCGCUCUCACUGUUGAGCUUCUGGCGCUUUCUGACGCAUGCAGAAUAUUUCUCUGCCUUUAUACCUCUGUCGUUCACACCCAACGUCAUGCAGUCUGCUGUUCCCGCCUUCAAAAGUAGCGAACAGGGUGAUUUUGUGCGGUUGAGCCUGCACGACUGGCGCGCGGUGACGGAGGUGCUGCACGGGUUGAGUGUGAAGCGGCACGGCUACCACGUGUGUGCCACAAUGAGCUUCAGUUUCUUUUGCCGUGUGGUUCUAUUCCUGUACAGCUGGAAGCACCGGAAGCGGAGUCUAUGCGAGGGUGGUGAUAGCAUGGAAUGGUGUGACCCGCGCCAACUCUUGUUUGCGUCACUCAACACACUCGGCGAGGGUCAUUUCAUCGCCGCUUACGAAGAUGCCGUGCAGCGUGUGGAGACCGCGAAUGUGCAUCUUCACCGAGCGACUUCUGCAUCAAAGGAAAAACAACAGCAGCAGGAAUACCAAACGGAGGAAUCAGAUCGUUUUCUCGCCGUGGAUGAGGUGCUGCGACUGUUGGUGCGCAAUGAGAAGCAGUUUCUGCAGUUGUUCAACGCGUACAGCACGACAGCUGCCAUGAGCCAUCGACCGUCCUCCUCGUCCGCUGACCGAGAGCGUGUCACUGCACUGUGUCAGUUGCACCAGGCAACAUUCGCCGGAGAUUCCGGCGAGGAGGCAUGGGUGGCGUGGACCUCCGCGGUGCUGUACAAUAGGUUUCAUGCGCUGUUCCACGCGGUGAAUGUAUUCCCGACACUCAUCAAUGAGUCACUGCUACAGCGCGCCUUCGUUGACGCUCUGCUCACCCCGCUCUUCCACCGCCUGCGCCGAGAGAAGCCCCGGGCAGAGCAACAACAGCAACAGCAGGAGCAAUCAUCACACCACCAGCAGAAGCCGUACAAUCCCUCUGUCAUUACUCCCAUAUCCCAUGAUGUGGAAAGGGCUUACGCUGGCGGCGGCACGGCGUUGCCAUUCCUUCCAUUUGUUGAAGCCUUUACGCGCGUCGCCCUCACCACCUUCUCGCUCUGCAGCGACAGCGACCGGGCAAUGUACCCAACUGCUGCAGCAAAGGUAGAGGCGCUUAUGUGGUGGGUGAACCGCGCCGUCUCGAUGGGCCUCACACGCGAGCGGGAGCCUGUCAUUCGGGGCAGAGAUGGCCACAGCGGGCCGCGCAACGCGAGGAGCUGCAAUGACGGUGGCGGUAGGAAGGCGUCGUCGCGUUUGGCGUAUCCUACACCCACGCAAACACCGUUUCCCUUUGAUUUUGUGGGAUUCGAUGUCACUACCCAGGCAUUGGCGCCUGUAUGA